AGUGUUUGCUAGCACAUGAAGCUGGCAGGGUAUGAGAUGGAAGAGAGUAUUCAGAGAGAGACCUCUGGAGGACUGAGAGACCUGCUACUGGCCGUGGUGAAGUGUGCUCGGAGCGUCCCAGGCUACUUUGCAGAGACUCUGUACUAUUCGAUGUCGGGUGCAGGAACUGACGACCAGACCUUAAUCAGAGUGAUGGUGAGUCGUAGUGAGGUGGACAUGUUGGAUAUCAGAGCUGAUUACAGACGCCUCUUCACCAAGUCUCUGCACUCUGCUAUACAGGGAGAUACCUCUGGUGACUACCGUAAGGCCCUCCUCUUGCUCUGUGGCGGCAAUGACGCUUAACCGUGGCGAUGAUCCCUGAAGGAGCGAUACCUGUAGAGAGAACCUCCGCUCUGACUGGCCCCUCUAGCUGUCAAUCACUCUCUGAGUCCUGUGUAACCCAAUAGGAGAGCUCUGCUGGCCACGGUGCAGCACUGUGAUAGGUUAAAUCCUGUGUGUAUCUGUAGCUAACAUCCUUAAAGCUUUACUCUGAUUCAUAUCUACAUCACUAAAGUCAUAUUAAUGCUGACAGUCAUGUUUUACUGUCAGUUAUAUAACAACUAAAGACUGGUCAUGUUUUACUAUCAGUUAUAUAACAACUAAAGACUGGUCAUGUUUUACUAUCAGUUAUAUAACAACUAAAGACUGGUCAUGUUUUACUAUCAGUUAUAUAACAACUAAAGACUGGUCAUGUUUUACUAUCAGUUAUAUAACAACUAAAGACUGUUUUCAUAUUUUUACUGAUUGUAAGACAAGACUGAAGACAUAAUAAACAUUUUGACUGCA